AUGGCCACUGCUAUGCAACCAGCCGAGAUCCAGUUUGCCCAGCGGCUGGCGUCCAAUGAGAAAGGGAUCCGGGACCGAGCAGUGAAGAAGCUGCGCCAGUAUAUCAGCGUGAAAACGCAGGAAACAGGAGGCUUCAGCCAAGAAGAACUAUUGAAACUAUGGAAAGGACUCUUUUAUUGCCUGUGGGUGCAAGAUGAAGCUGUCCUUCAGGAGGAGCUAGCAAACACGAUAUCCCAGCUCGUCCAUGUUGUUAACAACUCAGAGGCGCAGCACCUGUUCAUUCAGACCUUUUGGCAAACCAUGAAUCGAGAGUGGAAGGGGAUUGACAAACUGCGCCUGGACAAAUACUACCUGCUGCUCCGCCUGGUCCUGAGGCAGUCCUUUGAAGUGUUGAAGCGCAAUGGCUGGGAAGAGAGUGGGAUCCAGCUUUUUCUAGAUGUUUUAACAAAGGAGGUCCUGCAUCCUGAGAGCCAGUCUCCAAACGGAAUGACGUUCCACUUCAUUGAUAUUUACCUGGAUGAACUGUCCAAGGUCGGGGGUAAAGAGCUGCUGGCCAAUCAGAAUCUCAAGUUUAUUGAUCCAUUCUGCAUAAUUGCUGCCAAAACUAAAGACCAGACCUUGGUCCAGACUAUAGCUAGGAGUGUUUUUGAAGUCAUCAUGGAUCCAUCUCCUUUUGUACCCAAAGAAAUGGUGGAAGAGCAAAGAACCAAAGUGGAUGGCGCUGAACUCUCUGAAGUAAAGAUCUCUGAGAAUGAGGUGACAUGGAGAAAAACAGUCAGCAAAAAGAAGCCAGCCCUAGGUAAACACCACUCAAGAAAAGAUGGCAUCAGCGAUGACAAAGACCAGGAGAGCUGCGGUGCCUGUGAGGCCCCAGGUCCACUGCUGAAGUUUGAUUAUAAGGCUGUUGCUGAUCGACUGCUGGAAAUAACCAACAAAAAAAGCAUCCCUCCCUUCAAUAAGAAAUGUCUCUCUAAACUAAUCAAAAAAUUCCAAGAUCUUUCUGAAGCAGGUAGUGUGUCCCAGUUCGAUUUUACUGAGACCAUUUCUGCUGAUGAAGAUGACCACCCCACCAGUCAAGGCAGGAAUAAGAAAAAAGGACCUAAGCCUUCAGAGAAAGCCCACUUGGAUAAGGAGAAAGGAAACAAAUUCAUUUGUAUGGAGGAAGAAGAAAAUGAAGGCAGUACUCAGAAGAGGAAAAGGAAAAAGAAAAAGAUCCAUCUCCAGUCUGAAAAUUUAGUCUCAGGGGCCAAAGUUAUGUCCCCAGCCCAGAAUGGGAGCAGCGAACCAGAAGAAAAAAAGAGAAAAGACGAGAAUGUUCCAGGUAUAGUUGGAAUGAGAACAGAAGCCUUCUCCAGCACUACAGAAGAGGGUGGCUUGGAGCAUCCCUUAGCUGUUCCCACAUGCAACAAAAGGAAACGACCCAAGAAGAAGCGCCUGAGGGUCCAGGAAGGGGUCCCAGGAAUAGCAAUGCCACCUGCAGAGGGUAUGAUUCAAAGUGGCCCCAGCAGUAACCCUGCUCGGGAAGCUGACGCCCGUAGGUUCCCAAAAGGUAGCCUCCAAGCUCUAAAGAAGAAGCGGAAACUCUCAGUCAAUGGCAGCAGCAUGUCCAUGACGGCCUGGCCUCCAAAAGGGAAGGAAAGCCCUCGAACCAGCCCAGGAGAUAAAGGGAAUGGCCACGCUGCCCUGUCCCAGGGCGUGAAACUAAAGAAGAUGAAGGGGACACCCAGCCGACUUGACCGGUGUGGCUUAUAUGACCUGUCCAACCCAAAGACCACCAUCUUGAAAAAGAGGAAGAGGGUUAAAGAGAUGCUGCACUUGGUAGAGCACAAUAGCAUGUCAGACAUUGAAGUCAAACAGAUCCACACUCUGGGAAAUGGUGGAGCCUUCAGCCCUUUGAAGAAGAAGAAGCUGAGGGCAGCAGAAACCGACUUUGUGAAGUUUGACACCCCUUUCUUGCCACAGCCCCUGUUCUUCAGGAAACCUAAAAGCAACAGUGCUCUCUCCUUCUUUCUGAGCCCCACCUGGAAGCAGUUAAGCAAAACCCCAUCCAGCUCCAAGAAGGUCACUUUUGGGCUGAACAGAAACAUGACUGCAGAAUUCAAGAAGACAGACAAGAGUAUCUUGGUCAGUCCAACGGGUCCUUCCCGAGUGGCCUUCAACCCUGAGCAGAAGCCCCUCCAUGGUGUGCUGAAGACUCCCACGCGUUCUCCCUCCACCACUCCCCUAGCACCCAAGAAAGUGUUGGCCACCCCUCCAAAGAGAAGACCAACGGCCAUGGAUUUCUUUUAA